GUGAGGUGUCCCUCAGUGUCCGUCCGCCCGCCGCGCCGCCAGCAAGCAGAGCCCACAGGCUGCAGGAGAAGAAGUAGAAGAAAAAGAAAAAGUAAAAGGAAAGGAAAAAGAAGAAGAAGACAGCAUGGUGGCCAAACAGAGGAUCCGCAUGGCGAACGAGAAACACAGCAAGAACAUCACGCAGCGAGGAAACGUCGCCAAGUCAACGAGGAACCUGGGAGACGAGAAAGGCGUCGGGCCCUGGCUGCUGGCUCUCUUCAUCUUCGUCGUCUGUGGUUCAGCCAUCUUCCAGAUCAUCCAGAGCAUCAGGAUGGGCAUGUAACGUGACGUCAUCGCCAGGGGGCGGAGCCACGACCACAACAGCCGGGAGCCAUGUGACCAAAAGCCAGGAAGUGCUGCGACCACCGACUGGCGAGCGGCGUCAUCCAGGCUCCGCCCCCUCCUUAUCUCUUAUCUCUGUUGAUUUAACCCUGCUGGGCAGCCGCUGCUUUCCCAUGAGGCUUUGCCUGUAACCCCACCCCCCCACCCCCACCCCCACCCAACCGCAGGGCGAGGUGUUCGCUUCAGACGCAGCAGGACAAAAAAAAAAGAAAAAACAUUCCACUUUUUAACUUUUUUUGUCCCUCUGAGACCUGGACGGACGUUUCCGAGCCCCGAGGAGACUUCCAAAAAAAAAAAAAAAAACUUGGGGAAGAGAGGCGGUGAGAAACUGAGCAGGACCCGCAAAUUUGAGGGAAUUAAUAAAAAAAAAAAAAAACAAUUACAAGAAAAUGA